CUUCUUCUUCUUCGUCUUGUUCUUCUUGUUCUUCUUCUUCUGUUACAGUACAACUGCCCUGCUCUUGGUCUCUCUCCAUUGAGAAUUAUCGCAUACCUACCUACGUACUUGUCUCUUUUUUCACCCCAAUCGAGGGAGCUGUCCUGUCCUGUCCUGUCUAUCGACUUGACCUGAUUUCUUCUAGAUCUUCUUUCAUCUCGGGACUCUACUCGAUUCGAUCGUCUCUCCUGGGGUACUUCACUCGAAACUACACCUUUAUUUCUCUCUUUUCGUUUUGAUUCCCGGAUGAUCAUGUCGGGACACUCCGAGAUAUAGUAGUAUCAUGAUUGCCAGGCGAUCGCGAUAUCUUCUUUCUCGCUCCCUCUUCUCUGGCUUUCUUGCUACUUGAGGUUGCCCCUCUCCCUCCUCUGCCCGUCUACAAAUCAUCAACCUUCCGCUGUCGAACCCCUCCCCCAAAAAGAAGGACUUGGACUACGACCUACCUACCUACCUACCUACACAUACAUACACACACACACUUCCUGGAGCUUUUUUUUUCUUCGACAAAAGAAAAAGCAAUGCCAAUCACCACAAUCGAUCCAUCCGUGUUCGCCACCUGGCCAACUCCCAACUAUAUCAAUCCAGUAACACGAACAUGGAUGCCAGGAUUUCUUCUCGUCUGGCAAAUUGCAGCCACCAUCAUGGUCGCAGGGAGAUUUUACCUACGAGCGAGAAAAUUAGCGGGAACGUUUGGUUAUGAUGAUCUUCUCAUCUGCUUUGGUUGGUUGUGCUCUAUUGGAUUGACGACGGCGACGUGGAUUGAUACGAAAGAUUUCGGUCUGGAUAGACAUGUUUGGGAUAUAAAGAUUGAAUGGGCAGUGGAAGCUGCAAAGGUCGGUUGGAUCGCUCAGUUAUUCUUCGUGGUGGGAACCGUCUGCACGAAACUCUCGAUCCUGCUCUUCCAUCGCCGCAUGAUCAAAGCUACCGUGGACCGUCGAUGGCUAUGGGCCCUUCGAGCGGCCUUUGCCUUCACCUGCUGCUACGGCAUCGGUACGCUGCUCGGAUACUUGCUCUCGUGCCGACCCUUGGACGCGCUCUGGCGCGCGUACGACCCGUCAUACAGCACAGAGUACACUUGCAUGUCGAGCCCUGAUCUUGGACUUGUAGCAGGUGUUCUCAGCGUCGUCAGCGAUGUCAUCGCGGUGCUCUUGCCAUGCUUGAUGCUCCAUCAUUACAAUCUGGACAUUUCACGCAAGCAAAAGAUUUUCUUAAACGCCACUUUCUGCUUGGGAUUGGUCGCCACGGGCGCCGGCAUAGCACGUACAGUGUACAUGUGGAAGAUCCACUACGUUGCCGACCAGACCUGGACAGGACAUACUCUUUUCGCGUGGUCCAUCGUCGAGACGGAAUUGGCCAUCAUCUGCGCAUGCGCACCUUCCCUUCGUGCCUUUUUCCGGAGAUAUCUUCUGGACACGAUCAUGAGAACGUGCAGCAGCGGCGGCGUAUCACAUUACGCCAAUGGUGGUGGUGAAGGUGGUUGUAGUCAAAAGGGCUCUUUCCAUAGCAUGGACUACGCACCAACGGACAUGCACAGGAGAGGCUUUAGCGAGUUGGAACAGCUCGAAUCAGGACUUCGUGGAAUCCAGUUCCCGCCACUGGUGAUGAUGAAGGAAUCAAAUCGCACGUCAUGUAUCAGUCAGAGCUCGGGGCCGAUGCUGUGUGCUUUCAAUCAGACGAAAAAACUGCCUCCGUCGCCGAAAUGUACGACACCAGACGAAUACGAGUCGCAUGUCAAUAAUCGGUUGAGUAGACAUGGCACGGCCAUUCUGGGGAGACAGUCGAGGACGGAGUCCAUACUGAUCAGGAUGGAUCAUUGGGUGGAUCAGAGUAGUAUUUGUGGGCAGAGCCAUGACAGAAGUCAUAAUGCUGAUGACGAUGAUGACGACGACGACGACGACGACGAUGAUGAUGUUGGCAGCCGUAGAGAUGUAGAGAAGAUGGUAAGAACAGCGAGUUGAAACACCAGUAAACUUGAUGUCGUUUUUCCAUGAUGGUUUUGUAUGAACUUCGUCUUGGGAUGCUGAACUGCCUGCUUGCCUGCCUUGUAAUCUAUGAAGCUGUCAUUGUUCAAUGAUGUUUCUGCGCUCGUUGUUCGCUGGACCGCCAACGCAGUCAGCGUGCGAAAUGCUCCGAUUCACAUUUCGUUGCUGAUGCAACCAACCCGACGUGUUUCAGGUUGUAAUUUUGUAGGCCUCGACUGUGCUACGUGAUUCGAGUUUCGAGUUGGCAUCCAAAGCCAGAGAUUGCCAAAUGUGCUUGGCAUAUCAUGUCGAGAAGAGCAUCAUCGUACAUCGUGUGCCACUCGUCUAGAACGCCUUAUUCAUAGCCGCAUGCGCCAAUUCCACGCCUAGGAACGUUGCGGCGUUCGCUGGCACAGCUCUGGCCAUUGCAGGUCCCACACCCGGGAAGAAUGCCUUGAAACCUCCACGCCCAUACAGCUCUUUGACGCAUGCUGAGAUGGACUGUGCCUUGUCCGCAGACUGUAAUCUCGACUUGACAGUGUCGACUGGGAAUACGGUUGCCCACAUGGCCACACCGGCCGCACCACCAGCAGCCAUAAUCGCCGUCAAACUCAUCUGACCUGGCUUUCCCGUAUCUGGAUCCUUCGGCGUCAACUUCCUCUUCAGGAUCUCGUACGUGGCAAAGUAUGCUGCACUGCCAGGCCCAUCACGCGCAAGUGUCAUGACACUGCCGCGGUAUACUGAUUUGAUACCUCCCUCCUUGUAUAGUUGUCUCACGACAUCUCCGCCACCAGAAUACCGAGGCUUCUCCCCAGGUUUCAGCUCUUUUUGGCCUUGAAUCUGAAGGAUGAUUUUGACGCGUUCAAAGGGUGCUGUGAUGGCUGUCAUGGGAAUGGCGGAGAAGAAACCGGCAGCGCAGACUUGUCCGACGCUGUAUUGACCAUUCUCAACGGUGGAGAAGCGGUCGACGAGUUGUUUGCCUACACCGUAUGCCCAAAAGUUCACGGCGAACAUAGGCGUCACACCCACCAGAGGCGCAGAGACACCUGCGUAUAAACCUCGCACUGGGCCUUCCCUCGCAAUUGUCUUCCGCACCACGUCCAUGGCUCCAGUGUAGACUCCCUUCUCGGCGGUUUGUAACCGCACUUUGACGAGGUCAAAGGGGUGGCCGACCACCACGGCACAUACUCCUCCCACUCCUCCUGCUAUCAGAUCUCGCAAGCUCUGAUAUGCGCGUUUCCCCGUCUCCUCUGUCAUCUCCUUGAGCUCUGUGCUUGACGUGGGCACCGCUUGUUUGGCAUCUUGGAGCGCCUUUCCUGCGCUACCUUUGAUCUCGUCUGCACUAGGCACCUGUUGCCUCAGAGCUGCUGCCUUGUCCUUUGCAAACUCCUUGAGGUUGUCUGCUGGAGAAGAUGUCAUGCUGGGCUACGCCCGCGGGUCCGCUAGGGUAUCGUGUAUUCGUGUUCUCGCUGGGGAAUUGGAGUGGCCAAGAGGGACCUAGUUUGACAGGACGACAGCAGCGGGAUGAGAAUUCAC